AUGGGCCAAGUAGUACCGCCGGUGACCCUUCAACAAAGUCGAACACUACGACUGGGUGGGCCGAGCUGGGAGGUGAAGAUGGGGCGGAGGGACUCGACGACGGCGAGCUUCAACGGCGCCGAGAACAACAUCCCUCCCCCGACAUCAGGGCUCGCGAACCUUACGUCCCUCUUCGCGGCGCAGGGGCUCUCCCAGAAAGACAUGGUCGGACUCUCAGGAGCCCACACGAUCGGCCAAGCACGCUGCACAUUCUUCCGGGACCACAUCUACAACGACACAAACAUCGACUCCGGCUUCGCCAGGAGCCGCCAGUCAGACUGCCCUCGCACCGCCGGCUCCGGCGACAACAACCUGGCGCCACUGGACCUGCAGACCCCGACCAUGUUCGAGAACGACUACUACAAGAACCUCGUCCAGAAGAGGGGCAUCCUGCACUCGGACCAGGAGCUCUUCAACGGCGGCGCCGCCGACGCGCUGGUCCGGCAGUACGUCGGCAGCCAGAGCGCCUUCUUCAAGGACUUCGUGGUGGGGAUGAUCAAGAUGGGGGACAUCACGCCGCUGACGGGGUCCAGCGGACAGAUCAGGAAGAACUGCAGGAGGAUCAACUAAGAAAAGAUCCUCCACUUUCUGCGCAGACAGUUGUGAAAUCCCUAGAAAUGCAGCACAAUCCGUAGCAAUCCAGGAUGUGUUUGGUCGCGCCCAUGCUUGCAAGCAGCUUGUGGUUUCCUCUCGUUCGACUCUGUUUAUGCAAUUGUGAAAUCAAUGUACGUUGUGCCUGGUGGGUUAAUAAAAGGUCUACCCCGU